AAAAUAAUUAAUAAAAGAAAAAGAAAUGAAAGUAAGCAUACGACAGCGUUGCGUUCGCCCCCAACCCAACGUGCGAAGAGAAGAAACCUUUAGAAUCGCGUUGGAGGAGGAUCUGUCAUCCCUCGCAUAGCAUAGCAUUAGCUUUCCAGAAUUCAUAAAAUUGAACAUCCAUUCCCGCGUUUCUGCAACGCCACUCUCCAUUUCUCGUUUUUUUCUCACCGACAACUUUUCUCUCUUUUCGAUGAUUCAUUUGUAUUGUAGGUAAAGCUUCGUAAUAAUUCAACUAUGAGCUCCACCACUUCGAAAGCCACGUUCACGAUUUGAUUCCUGGAUCCAUCGCAUCAUUGAGCUUUCGCGAUGGCGUGGUUUAGUGGGAAAAAAUCGUGGGGGAACUUCCCCGAUUUGGCGGGAGCCGUUAAUAAGCUUCAGGAGAGUGUGAAGAAUAUUGAGAAGAAUUUUGAUUCCGCUCUUGGCUUCGAAGAGAAGGCCGAGUCCAGCAAUGAAGAUGCAGGGUCAUGGCCUAUAUCUACCGACACAAAAACCAUAUUUAAUCCUGUCAUGGCCUUUAUGGGAAACAAAAAUGAGGAAUCUGCAGAAGAAAUGUCUGAAAAAGAUGAAUCCUCUCAACGAGAUUCUGAAACUGAGAAGUUACCAGAAGUGCCAGAGUCUCUGGAUCAUACACCAGUGGAGGAAGGAAACAAGGCCCUUGAAACUGAUAAUGAAGUCCAUGUGGGAGAUGAAGAAAUCACUGCCCAAGAAGAAAAUAAAAUGCUUAAGAAAGAAGAAGAUGGUGAACAUACAGAGUCAGCAGCGGAUGAAACAAUUGAACAGAAUUUGGAUCAUGGAAAGGAGGAACACCACUCACUGGAGAUGCCUGUUGAAUUGACUGAAUCCUCUAUUGAGAAAAUUGAGAGUUCAGAUGCCAUAGAUCAUUCUCAAGAGAAAGAGAUUACCAAUGAGGGAGGCUUUGAGAGUCCAGUGUCAAUGCAACUCACUCCUCUUGGUCUUGCAGACAAUGUAGAUGAGGCUGUUACUAGUGAGUCUGGUGAAUCACAUGGUAUUAGCGAUGGGAAUGCAAAUUCUCAAGCUGAGACGCAAGAGGAGAGUAAAGAAGAGAGGGUGCAAGCAGAUGAAAGUGUAAAGAGAGUAUCUUCUGCUCAACAUGAGGCAUCGAGUGAAGGUGAGAAAAGAGAUGAUACUGACACUUCUGUUCUACAGUCUGUGGCUUCUGAUGAAGCCAGUAAUUCUGAUCAAUCAAGUAUUGAACAGUUGCCCAGUGGUACUCCAAAUGAAUCUUCUAAGGUGGUAAAUUUAGAGUUUUUACCUGAAAAUGAAACAACUGCAAAAGAAGAUGAAAGCGACCACUUUGCCCAUGAUGUUGAAACUGACACGAAAGGGCAUCAUAUAAGAUCCGAAAGAACUCUUUCUGACUCUGGUGCCAUGAUUGAACUAGAGAGGGUGAAAAGGGAAAUGAAAAUGAUGGAGGCUGCCCUACAAGGUGCUGCAAGACAGGCUCAGGCCAAAGCUGAUGACAUCGCAAAAUUGAUGAAUGAAAAUGAACAAUUAAAAUCCGUGAUUGAGGAUUACAAGAGAAAAUCAAAUGAGGCAGAAGUUGAGUCUUUGCGAGAGGAAUACCAUCAGAGAGUUGCAACUCUUGAAAGAAAGGUUUACGCUCUCACUAAGGAGAGGGAUACACUUCGCCGAGAGCAGAGUAAAAAAAUUGAUGCGGCUGCUCUCUUGAAAGAAAAGGAUGAGAUAAUUACCCAAGUAAUGGCAGAAGGUGAAGAGCUUUCAAAAAAGCAGGCCACUCAAGAAUCCACAAUUAGGAAACUAAGGGCUCAGAUCAGAGAUCUCGAGGAGGAGAAGAAAGGUUUGACUACUAAACUUCAGGUAGAGGAGAAUAAAGUAGAAAGUAUCAAGAGGGACAAGACAGCUACAGAGAAGUUGCUGCAAGAAACGAUAGAAAAACACCAAAAUGAAAUUGCAGCACAGAAAGAAUAUUAUACAAAUGCUUUGGCUGCUGCUAAGGAAGCUGAAGCAUUAGCCGAGGCUCGUGUGAACAAUGAAGCAAGAACUGAGCUAGAAAGUCGUCUGAGAGAAGCUGAGGAACGUGAAUCUAUGCUAGUUCAGGCACUUGAAGAAUUGAGGCAAACAUUAAGUAGAAAGGAACAACAGGCUGUCUUCAAAGAAGACAUGCUUCGCAGGGACAUUGAGGAUCUUCAAAAACGUUAUCAGGCAAGUGAAAGACGGUGUGAAGAACUGAUUACCCAAGUUCCUGAAUCCACAAGGCCACUUUUAAGGCAGAUCGAAGCCAUGCAGGAAACAAAUGCCAGAAGAGCUGAAGCUUGGGCAGCUGUUGAAAGAACUCUCAAUUCUCGACUUCAGGAAGCUGAGGCUAAAGCUGCAACUGCAGAGGAAAGAGAGCGAUCUGUGAAUGAACGCUUAUCUCAGACCUUGUCUCGAAUUAACGUCCUUGAGGCUCAGAUUUCCUGUUUAAGAGCAGAACAGACUCAAUUAAGUAGGACCCUUGAAAAGGAAAGACAAAGGGCAGCUGAAAGUAGACAGGAAUAUCUUGCAGCAAAGGAGGAAGCUGACACUCAAGAAGGUCGUGUGAGACAGCUUGAGGAAGAGAUCAGAGACAUUAGACAGAAAUACAAGCAAGAGUUACAGGAGGCACUGAUACAUAGGGAGCAUCUUCAGCAGGAGAUUGAAAAAGAAAAGGCUGCUCGAUCAGAGCUGGAGAGAACAGCCCGUGUUCAUUCUGCUCCAUCGUCAGAUCAAACUCCCAUUACAAAGCAAACUUCUGCUUUUGAGAAUGGGAACCUGUCUCGGAAAAUCUCUAGUGCAAGCUCCCUUGGAAGCUUGGAAGAAAGCCACUUUCUGCAAGCAUCGUUGGACUCAUCUGAUAGUAUUUCUGAUAGGAGAAACCCAGGAGAACUAAGUAUGAGUCCUUACUAUGUGAAAAGCAUGACACUCAGUUCUUUUGAAGCUGCGCUUCGUCAGAAGGAGGGUGAACUUGCUUCAUACAUGUCACGCCUGGCAUCAUUGGAAUCUAUCCGCGAUUCUCUUGCUGACGAGCUGGUCAAAAUGACAGAACAGUGUGAGAAGUUGCGUGGGGAGGCUGCUGUAUUACCUGGCUUACGAUCAGAGCUAGAAGCACUAAGGAGGAGGCACUCUGCUGCUUUGGAAUUGAUGGGCGAACGUGACGAAGAGCUGGAGGAACUUCGUGCGGAUAUUGUAGACUUGAAGGAAAUGUACAGAGAACAAGUGAACUUGCUUGUUAAUAAGAUCCAGCAUAUGAAACCAUCAAUGGGUAGCAACUAGUUUGGUUGAAGAAAGGUCUUGGGGAAUCGAAAAGGUAAGUAUUUGAGAUGGUCUUGACAUGACCAUGUCUCUGGGCUGCGUGUGAUGUACAUUGGAAAUGGUAAUAUAUUGGAAUAGUGCCAUGGGACUCUGGAGAAUGAUUCGUUCAGGUCUUCCAUCGGAAGUAUGUAUUUUGUUUGCCUGGCUAACAGAUACUGAUAGUCAUUCUUCUUAAGGGAAUGCUGUAUAGGCUGUUUUUUUUAUACCAAAUUCAUACUUGGAGAGAUCCUUAGAAUAUUGCUGCUGACAUUGUUGACAAUAUAGGGUUUUUUUCCUCCCCAAGUGUGUAAUGUUCCAAAUAAACAAAAGGGAAGCGCUAGCUAAAACUACAUUUUUUGUUGGGUUCUGUA